AUGUCGUCGGAUGCUUGCGCUCCGCAUCUCACCAGUGAACAGAUGGACAAGUUUAUCGGAUAUACCUCACCUUUUCCAAGGUUUCUUCAAGUUAGUAUAUCCAGUAACCCAAAGCAAGAUAGAGCUGAUAGACGUUGGAUAGCUGAGGGCGGGGACAAAGAUGAGAUUGCAGCUGACUGUGACUGUCUGAAAACUAUUGGUUCCAUUAGAGCCCAAGUCACAACAGCCAAGUCGGCAGGAGAAGAAGUGAUCAAAGAACUUGAUCCGGUAGAUUUUGUAUCACCUGCGGUACCCGGAAAAGCAUUCAUUCAGUUUGACACUGUCAAGACAGACAAACCUUUGAAGCCCAAAAUACAGCCUUUACUCUCAGAAGAACUUGACGUGGUGGACUUCAAGUUCUUAAAUUCUACUAUGGGCAGGGAAUCUCGAGAAGAAGGGACCGAAGGAAGAGGUCGAUGGAGAGACUAA